AUGGCGAAUGUCCUCAAGACCUCUGUGCGGCGGUUCGCAACCACAGCCGUGCGAGCCGCAGCGACCGAAUCCAUAAAUUCCUACGGCGUCCGCGUGUCACAAGCUCAAGGGUUUGUCGAUGGCUUGACUGGAGCCAUCGGCAACACGCCAUUAAUCCGAUUGAAAAAGCUAUCCGCUCAAACAGGAUGCAACAUCCUCGGGAAAUCCGAGUUCCAGAACCCCGGUGGAAGCGUCAAAGACCGAGCAGCACUAUACGUAGUAAAAGACGCUGAAGAGCGAGGCCUGCUCAAACCCGGCGGGACCGUGGUCGAAGGCACAGCAGGCAACACGGGGAUCGGAUUAGCACACGUGUGUCGGUCCAAGGGCUACAACCUGGUGAUAUACAUGCCGAACACACAAUCCCAAGGCAAGAUCGACCUGUUGCGCCUGUUGGGGGCCGAAGUAUACCCUGUUCCCGCGGUGGCGUGGGAAAACCCAGAGAACUACAACUGGCAGGCGAAACGACAUGCAGAGCGCUUACAAAAGGAGGACCCGGAGCACGGCGCCGUGUGGACGAACCAGUUCGACAACACGGCCAACCGACGCGCACACAUUGAGACGACCGGACCGGAAAUCUGGGCGCAGACGGGCGGCAAGAUCGACGCUUUUACCUGUGCUACAGGCACCGGCGGCACGUUGGCGGGAACGACGCGGUUUUUGAAGGACGUCAGCAACGGCUCCGUCAAGUGUUUCUUGGCUGAUCCGCCGGGUUCGGUGCUGUACUCGUACAUCACCUCGGGCGGCCAGCUCAAGGAGCGCACGGGAAGCAGUAUUACAGAGGGAAUCGGCCAAGGUCGUGUCACGGACAAUUUGAAGCAGGAUGUUGAAUUGCUCGACGGCGCCCUGCAGAUCGCAGAUGAGAAGAGUAUUGAAAUGGUCUAUCGUUGUCUCGACGAGGAGGGAUUGUAUCUCGGUGCCAGCAGUGCGCUGAACGUCGUGGCUGCAAAGGAAGUCGCGGAGAAAUUGGGCCCCAACCAUACGAUCGUCACUAUUCUCUGUGAUGGCGCCUACCGGUAUGCCGACCGUCUGUUCAGCGAUAAGUGGUUGAGGAGUAAGAAUCUCAGAGGCGCGAUUCCCAAGCAUCUGGAGAAAUAUAUUGUUUUGCCAUAA